GUUUUCACACACACAGUUCCUUCCAUGGCUUCCCUUCAACUCACGCCUCUCUCCAGUGUCUACACUCGCUCCGAUCGCUCUCUUCCUGACUUCAGAGUUUUCCGGUGCCGGAAGCCUCUGUCCCUUCGAUGCUCCGCUGGAGAACCGUCCUCGUCAUCCAUGGGCGUUGGUUCCGAUUUUGACGCCAAGGUUUUCCGGCAUAACUUGACCAGAAGCGAGAAUUACAACCGGAAAGGUUUCGGACAUAAGAAGGAGACUCUUGAGCAAAUGAAUCUAGAGUAUACCAGCGACAUCAUAAAGACUUUAAAGGAGAAUAACUACGUAUUUACAUGGGGAAAUGUUACUGUAAAGCUGGCAGAAGCUUAUGGUUUUUGCUGGGGUGUUGAGCGUGCAGUCCAGAUUGCUUACGAAGCCAGGAAACAGUUCCCUGAUGAGAAGAUAUGGAUUACAAACGAAAUUAUUCACAAUCCAACUGUUAAUAAGAGACUUGAAGAGAUGGAAGUUAAAGAUAUUCCCAUUGAGGAUGGAUCCAAACAGUUUGAUGUCGUUGAUAAGGGUGAUGUUGUGAUUCUGCCUGCUUUUGGAGCUGCGGUAGACGAGAUGUUGACUUUGAGUAACAAACAAGUACAAAUAGUUGAUACGACGUGCCCUUGGGUGUCCAAGUCCUACUUUAUACAGGCAACAUAUGUGUGUGAUUACAUUCUUGGUGGUAAACUUAAUGGAUCUAGCUCAACAAAAGAAGCUUUUCUGGAGAAAUUCAAAUUUGCAGUUUCCAAGGGUUUUGAUCCAGACAAGGAUCUUGUUAAAGCUGGUGUUGCGAACCAAACUACUAUGCUAAAGGGAGAAACAGAGGAGAUUGGGAAAUUAGUAGAGAGGACUAUGAUGCAGAAGUUUGGAGUAGAAAAUAUCAACAAUCACUUCAUAAGCUUCAACACUAUCUGUGAUGCUACUCAGGAGCGACAAGAUGCUAUGUAUAAGUUGGUGGAUGAAAAGAUCGAUCUUAUGUUAGUAAUUGGUGGGUGGAACUCGAGCAACACCUCGCACCUACAAGAGAUUGCAGAAGAUCGCGGCAUUCCAUCUUAUUGGAUUGACAGUGAACAAAGAAUAGGUCCUGGAAACCUAAUUGCUUACAAGUUGAUGCAUGGUGAAUUGGUUGAGAAAGAAAACUGGCUGCCAAAGGGCCCUGUCACGAUUGGCGUGACAUCUGGUGCAUCUACCCCCGAUAAGGUUGUGGAAGAUGCUCUACUGAGGGUAUUUGAGAUCAAAAGCCAAGAAGCCCUGCAAGUUGCAUAGAUCAAGUAUGUACCCAACUAUAAUCAAAUAGCAAAUUAUAAUACAUGAUUAAGUUUGUUUAGCAUUUAAACAUAUUUGCAGGUGCUAUUAAUUACCUUCAUUAUUGUAUGUAUAAUAUUAUAUAAAAAACCAUGAUUUCAGUUAUAUCUGCAAAACGCAGCCUUAAAAUACCAAA